AUGUUACGCCGAGGAGAUCGCCGACUUCUGCAGGAUUCAAAAGUCAUCCCUACAGACCAUGUCGCUGCCCAACACCAUCUGCUCGCUAUGGACUUGAAAACCUCCCGUCCAAGGAAGAGACAUCCAAGGACUGAAACACAGCGCAUCAAAUGGUGGAAUCUGAAGGACGGAAAGGAGGUAUUUUUCGCGUCCGUGGCCCCAUCUACACUUCCCCACCCUACUCGUAGUGUGGAGGAAAUGUGGUCGUCUACUUCCAGCGUUAUACGCUUGACCGCAGAAAACACUCUGGGAAAGACGACUCUAGGGAAGCCAAAGGUACAAAAGGCUACGUGGUUUUGGAACGAGGAAGUUCAGGCGGCAAUUUGUGAGAAGAAGUCCAAGUAUAAGCUCUGGUGGAGGACGUGUCAGCCUGAAGAUCGGGGUGCUUACCUAGCGGCGAAGAGGGAGGCUAAGAAAACAGUCUCCAAGGCGAAGUCGGACCGCUACAAGGCUGUGUACGACAUGCUUGAUACCAGAGAAGGCGUGCGGGCAGUGUAUCGUUUAGUUAGAGCGCGUCAUCGCUCAACGUUGGAUAUGGAGCGCAGCAAGAUCGUUAAGGGAGCUGGAGGAGCCGUUCUGCGCCGCUCUGGUCAGAUCCUGGAGAGGUGGCGAGAGUACUACAAUCACUUGUGUAACGAAGAGUUCUGUCAUCCUCCCAUCCCAACCGUUCCCAGCGUUGAGGGUCCUGUUCUACCAAUUACUGCCGUCGAAGUCAGUGCUGCCCUCGCAAAAAUGAAGUCGAACAAGGCAGCCGGUCCUGAUGACAUACCUGCUGAUGUCUGGAAGCUGCUAGGAGAUCGAGGGUCCGUGUGGCUCACAACUCUAUUUAACAAGAUCGUUGCAGAAGGACGGACUCCAGACGUUUGGCAAACUUCCGUGACCGUGCUUGUCUGGAAAGGGAAAGCAGACAUUGCUAACUGCACUUCGUACACGCCUAUACGACUGCUGUGCCAUACGAUGAAGGUUUUUGAGCGUGUCCUGGAGGCUCGUCUGAAGAAAAUUGUUAGCGUUUCACUCAACCAGUACGGUUUUGUGAAAGACUGCAGCACUGCAGAUGCUAUCCAUACUGUCCGUAUCCUUCUGGAGAAACAUCGAGAGAAGAACCGCAGUGUGCAUCUUGCUUUUCUCUAUCUCGAGAAAGCUUUCGACCGUGUUCCACAUGAGCUGUUAUGGAUGUCCAUGAGGUCGCAUAGAGUACCAGAAGAAUAUGUGCGGUGGACUAAGCUACUUUAUGCGAAGCCUACCAGCGUUGUACGAUGUGCUGCUGGAACAAGCAGGCCAUUCCCUGUACAAGUAGGGGGGUUCACCCCUCUCACCCUUGCUGUUCAUACUGUGUAUGGACACGAUAACGAAGGAAAUCCAGAAGCAGCACCCGUGGACUCUACUCUUUGCCGAUGA